GCUGUGCCCGCCGACCCAACGCGAGGCUAACUGGCGUUAGCUACCGGGGAGCGGACAUGUUGUUCCGUCCUUUCCUGGAAUAAACAUCGUUUUGACCAGGGUUUCGGGAGUUAAGGGAGAAGCCAGGUACAUCUGGCAAUCAUGGAGGCCGUGAACGCCUUUAAUCAGGAGUUAUUCUCCUUGAUGGACUCCAAGCCUCCUAUAUCUCGAGCAAAGAUGAUCUCCAUCACCAAAUCAGCCAUAAAAGCUAUGAAACUCUACAAACACGUGGUCCAGAUUGUGGAAAAGUUUAUCAAAAAGUGUAAGCCCGAGUAUAAAGUUGCUGGCUUGUAUGUGGUUGAUUCCAUUGUGAGGCAGUCCAGGCACCAGUUUGGACCAGACAAAGACGUGUUUGGUCCAAGGUUCACCAAAAAUAUCACAGGAACCUUCGAGAACCUUUGUCUCUGUCCCAUAGAGGACCGGAGUAAGAUUGUGCGGGUUUUGAACCUGUGGCAGAAGAACGGAGUGUUUAAGAUUGAGGUUAUUCAGCCACUCUUGGAUAUGGCUGCAGGUUCUGGCAGUGGUGCUGCUUCCAUCACACAUACAGAAGAGCCAGGUUCACCACCGUCUCCAGCCAAAGAGCCUGUUACCGUAGUAACAGCCAACUCCAUCCCAACAGCCGCUCCUCCACUACACAACUCUGACGCCUUUGCUGCCGUAGCACAGCUCUUCCAGUCUUCGCAGGGUCAGCAGCUACAGCAGAUGCUCCAGAACUUUCAGCAGCAGGCAGUCAAGCCUGAAACCAACACUCAACCUCUUCUGCCGACCGCUCAAAUGCCAGUUCAAAGCGCGCCCACUGGGCUGGCUGCGGUUGCUGCUCAGCCUCACCUCUCCUCACCUCAGCCUCCUCCACCCGUCCACUCCACCCAGCCGGUCCAGCAAAAGACGGCUUUUGACAUGAAGUUGCUGGACCGUUUUGACUACGAUGAUGAACCAGAUGUUGGAGAGGAAACUAAAAAGGAUGAAGCCUCCUCACAGCCCCCUUUUAUGCAACAACCUCCAGCCUUUCCUCAGCACAUGGAGCACUUUAAUACACAGAUGAUGAAUAUCUCACAAGAUAUCACACAGCAGGUUUCAGUGCCUCCUAACGGCCAGCUGCAGGCUGGUGUUGUUCUGCCAGGACAAGGCUACCCUGUUACCAUGCCAACGAUGGGGCACUCUCUUCCAGGGCACCACAUUCCAGGUUCAACUGGGCUUCCAGGCUUCCCAGGGAUAUACCCUCCUCAAAACGCUGCCCAGCAACAACAGGACUCCUCAGUGGAUAUGGACCAUUCAUUAAUGAGAGAUGGCCGGCAUGGUCGACGAUCCCACUCAGGCUCAAGAUCUCCAAAGAGGAGAAGGUCUCGGUCCAGUUCCCGCUCCCGACGGUCCAGGCACAGGCGAUCUCGCUCCCGCUCCAGAGAUCGUCGCCACCACUCACCUCGCUCUCGCUCACAGGAGCGCCGGGAGAGAGAGAGAGAAAGAGAGCGGCGGCAGAAAGGCCUUCCGCCGCCCAAGAGCGAGACUCUGAGCAUUUGUAGUACUACACUGUGGGUGGGUCAGCUGGACAAGAGAACUCAACAGCAAGACGUUGCCUCGUUGCUUGAAGAGUUUGGACAGAUUGAAUCUAUAAAUAUGAUUCCUCCAAGAGGCUGUGCUUACAUUGUCAUGAUACACAGGCAAGAUGCUUACAGAGCACUGCAGAAACUCAGUAGAGGAUCGUCAAAAGUUAACCAGAAAGCAAUUAAGAUUGCUUGGGCUUUGAACAAGGGUAUAAAGCCUGAUUUUAAACAGUACUGGGAUGUGGAGCUGGGUGUCACCUACGUACCCUGGUCUAAAGUCAGAGAGGACCAGUUAGAGGAGCUGAAGGAGGGAGGAAUGCUGGAUAUGGAUACCUUAUCACCAGACUGGAGCAGCAUGAGGAAGACCUUCGACCACCUUGAGGAACCCACACACAAUGGCCGUUCUGAGCAACAGCAGCCAGACGAGACACAAGUGUUACCGAUGGCUGUUGCAGCUUCUCAUCCUGUACAAGUCCCUUCAUUGCAGCAGCCAAUGGUUGCUAUGGGUUCCCUCCAACCUCCGGUCUUUCCUGGUCCCAUUGGGAUGCCUCCACCUGGCUUUGCUCCAGGCAUUCCCCUUCCUCCUUUCAUCAGACCUGGCUUUAACCCGUUGCAAAUGCCCCCAGGUUUUCCUGCCUCAGGACCUAUGUCCCUCGGUCCACUACCUCCUUCCAAAGGUGGAGUUGAUGACCCUCCUCAAGACCCAGCAGGUCAGGGCGCCAAGAAAAAGGAUGAGGUCCUGGAGGGUCCAAAUUUAUUUAACCACCAAAUGGGGCACAUGGGACCUCCAGGAGGUUUUCCAGGUGGACCUCUAACUAAUUCUACUGGUGGUCACCCCGUUGGUCUUCUUGUAGGACAUCCCGGCGGUCCUCCGGUUGGACAUCCCGGUGGUCCUCCGGUUGGACAUCCCGGCGGCCCUCCGGUCGGACAUCCCGGGGGCCCCCCGGUCGGACAUCCCGGCGGCCCCCCGGUCGGACAUCCCGGCGGCCCCCCAGUCGGACAUCCCGGCGGCCCCCAAGUCGGACAUCCCGGCGGCCCCCAAGUCGGACAUCCCGGCGGCCCCCAAGUCGGACAUCCCGGCGGACUCCAAGUCGGACCUCCCGGCGGACCCCAAGUCGGACCUCCAGGUCCAGGUGGACACCCUGGAAACAUCCAGUCGCCUCUUGGGGGUCUACUAGGUGCCCGACCUGGAAUGAUGCCACUCCAGCGCCCCCAGGGUCCACCGCCAUCACACAUGCAACGUUUCCCUCCACCCCAAGGGCAAAGACCACCUCACCCUAACGUGCCCCCUGGCCCGCCACAGUUGAUACCCAGGGGGCCACAUCCUCAAAUGAUGCGCCAUGAGCUGCCACAACCUAAAGGAGGAUUUGGGAUGCCCCCUCCACAUAACAUGAGAGGUCCCUUCCCUCGAGGACAUGGUCCUCCCCCUCAAGGUCCUGCCCCGUUUACAAGACCGGGUGGUCCUAGAAGCUUCGAAGGGCAGGAGGAAAUGGAUGACAGACCGCUCAGGGGUGACAGGCCAGGAUUCAGGGAUCGAGAACAGGAGAGGGACAGAGACUGGGAUCGAGACAGAGAGAGGGACAGAGGGUUUGGAGGGGGAAGGCGUUUUGGUGAUGGAGGCAGAGGAGGGGGUAGUGACAAAAUGGAUGGGCGGGACAGGCUCGGAGGUUGGCAGGAAGAUGUAGGGAAUUCCCGUGGAGGCGGAUGGGAGAGAGACAGAGACCGAGAUCGGGACAGAGAUAGACGGGACUGGCGAGAGAGGCGAGGCAGCCUUGAUAAAGACAGAGAUCGAGGCCGCAGUGACGAUGGGGAGAGGGAUCGAGGCAGAGCGGAGGGAGGAGAAAGAAGCAGAGGAGAAGGAGGCAGCCGGGACAAAACCAGAGCGCCUGAAGUCAAAGCAGACAAACCGAGACGGUCGGAGCGACGAGAGAGGACGUCGCGGUGGGAUAAAGACGAUCGACUGGCCGAACUGGAAAACAUGGACAAAUUCCGGAGCUCUAACAGCACGGAACAACCUGGUGGGACUCCUCUGGUUACGGUGGAAACCAGGAAAGAGCCAAAUGGGGAAGCCACUAAAAAGAAGGAAGAGUCAGAACAUUUACUUGCCGGGCCGAUUCCAGCUGCUGAAAAUGCCCAAUCCUCCGAGUCUAAAGAGCUGGCUCAAAAUGAGUCCACAGCAACAAAAGAAGAAAAAGAUGCAGCAGCAUCAUAGACCUUCAACCUGUGACUGCUGUGAAUGAGAGAAACUCCGAAAAAAGUUUUGUUCACUGUAAUAGUCUCAGUUCUAACUAGUGACUGUUCGUCAGAUGAUCGUUGACAGUUCCUGGGCGGUAGCACAUCUCCCACCAUGUUGUCAAGCAAAUGAAACCAGAUCUGUUGAAACAUCACGUUACGAGUAUAAUCUGGCCUGGCAUUUUGGUUUCAUUUUGAUCAAUAGUUAGACACUUAGUUGUUUUUUAUUACCAUAGUUUGUAUACAGAUGGGGGAAAUUAUUGUUGUCCCAUUUUUAUUCAUACUUUCAUGUCAUCACCUUGAGGAAAGAGCUUCUCAACAACAAAUUAGUUCUGUUAUGGAGUUACUUUUAAAAUCUGCAACACUGAAAACGAUCUAAAUUGAAUGUACUGUAAUGGUGGCUUCAAUCUUUUCUCGUCAUCACUGCUUAUGACAUUACCACCACCAAAAGACAGAAUCUAAUGAUUUUAAGAAUUAACUAGCUCAAAGGAUUUUAUGUCUAAGGACACAAAUGUGCAUUUGACAACAUUACCACAAGAGUGUUUCUUUUAUUUUGUUUACUUUUAAGGCAAAAACAAGGAAAAUAUAUGACUAAUCAGAGAAAUACACAUGUGGUGUAUUAAAAUUUUCAUUUUUUACAUAUUCAAGAAUGUAAUUUAAUGCUAUAUAAAUGAACAAUGGUCGUGAUUCAGCUAGGAUAUUUCCAUUAAAAAUAGUUUCCAGAACUGGAACUAUGAACAACAGCUAUUAAAAAACGUCAGGAAAAAAAGAAAGGUUUGAUUUGUCAAAAAGACAAAAUUUUGUCAAACUUUUGAUACAUUUCUGAUACUUUGUUUAAUAUUAAAUGUUUGCAAGUUAAAUUUCACAGAAAACAUAAGGAUGCCUAAUUCUACCCAUUCUCUAAGUUCACAAAUUUUCAUCUGCUAUUUUUAUAAUUGCUAAAACAAUUGGCUAAAAACAGGUUUGGUUUCAAUUUGUAAAAAAGAGACAAUUUUAAUUUGUGAGAAAUUUAAAACAAAGAUGUUUUCUAUCAAUGUUAAAAGAAGACUAAAGAAAAUUGUUGAAUUACCUCACAUCUCUGUUGCCUGCUUUACUUUUUUUCUUUCUUAUAAGCUCUAUUAUUUUUACUGUUGAGCAAGUGGUGAUUGUCAGAUUUGUCCCCUUUCCGCAAAGUUGUCUGUCAAAUUCAAAACUGUAUUAUUAAAAAACCUCAACCUAGUUUCCCAAUUGAAAACACAUCAUAUAACAUUACAGAUUUCUUUCAUUUUGAAGCCCAGAAUCAGCAAUCUGAUAAUUUUACACUGAGUUGUGUAAAGCAGAAAUGCUGAAAAAUGAAGGCCGCUGCCUAGGACACUGCUGUAAAUAUGCUUUUGUCACUGAUGACUUUAAGGCUUAAUGGUAAUAGUUGUUAAUAUUCUGUGAUUUGCGUAUCUGAAACACAUUGACACAAAAAGAACCACAGAUACAGGUUGCUUUAACGUUUUUAACUCCUAGUGGUUUGGAAAAUGACACAUGUUUCCAUGGUUUCUUUUCAAUAUGAAAGACAUGGACAUGAAAUCGUCAACAUUUCAGCCAUAGGAACUUGUUUUUAAUAAACUAUUUUUGUACCAAAUGUUUUUUGCUUCUUUUAACCUGUGCCUAACUCUUGAUUAUAUAUUUGUUUUUGUUCAGCUUUGUCAGAUAAAUGCUCAAGUGUGAAAUAUGUAACCUGCCUGUGCAAGUUCUUGGACUAAGCUUCGUGGUUAAAAAGAAUAUGAUCCUUUAUUAAAAGUGAGGUCUUAUCAUAAAAGGUUAA